UAAUAAGUGUGUAAUAAUGUAAUUUCUCAUGCGUGUGCAUGAGAUCAGCUGAGUUUUUGCUCCUCCCAUCCCAACAGUGAAUCUCACCGGAGUUCAAGAACACGGAACACAGCGCAGCAGACAUGGCUAUGCUCAAAACAGUACCUCAAACUGAUGUGAACGAUGCUGAAGACGAUGACUUCCUAUGUCCUGUGUGUUUGGAGAUAUACAUCUGUCCGAUGACCACACAGUGCGGACAUACAUUUUGUGACAGCUGCCUUCAGGAGUGCUUGCGGCCUCAGAAACCUGUGUGUGCAGUCUGCAGGACUGAUCUGCGCAAGUGGCAUAAAGCAAAUCAUUUACAAGACUUGAUGCAAAGAUCAGUUGGGAGGUGCAAAGGCUGUACAAAUGAGGUUCUUUUGUCUGACAUGAGAACCCACACAGGAAUGUGCUCCAAAUAUCAAGACUAUAUCAAGGAUGGUUUGAAGUCCAUUUCAAAGAACCAGCCUGCCAUUGUCAGCUCAGUGCCGAACCGUUAUACGUUCACCUGUCCUUACUGUAACCAGCAGAACUUUGACCAGGAUGGUCUAGUGGAGCACUGCACCUCACAGCACGCACACGACCCACGUCCAGUGGUGUGUCCAAUAUGUGCCUCAAUGCCCUGGGGCGACCCGAAUUACAGGAGCGCUGACUUCUUUCAGCACCUCAGAAUAAGACAUGCUUUUUCUUAUGAUACUUUUGUGGAUUAUGCUACAGAUGAGCAAGCCAUGAUCCAAGAAGCUCUACAGCGCUCUCUCAUGGAAAACUGAUGUGAGGGACAUAUGGACCCCCAGCUAAACUUAAAGGGAUAGAUCACCCAAAAAUUAAAAUUAUCCCAUGAUUUACUCACCCUCAAGCCAUCCUAAGUAUAUAUGACUAUCUUCUUUCAGACGGACACA